AUAUAUAUAUAUAUAUUUCCCUUUCAUUUUUUUUAUAUUAAGUUUAUUUUCGAAAGCAAAGAAAGCGUAGGAGUGUUGGUGUGGAGAAGGAAAGAAAGAAGAGUGUCAGUACAUUCAUAAAAGCAUCAUCAUUAGAGUUGAAUUUGAAUUUAAAUUUGAAUUUGAAUUUGAAUUGAAGUUACUGGUGGCAUCAUCAGUAGCAUAAUCCAUUUGUUCGCGCUACCAAUUUGUAUUGAGAACUGAGCUCACGAUGGAAGCCGGAAAUUCUUCUUACAAGAUUAUAUUGGGUUCUUCUUCCGUCGCACGCCGCAACAUUUUAUCCGAAAUGGGACACCAAUUUACAAUCAUGACUGCAGAUAUUGAUGAGAAGUCCAUCCGAAAGGAAACUCCAGAAGACUUAGUUCUGGCUCUAGCCGAAGCCAAGGCCAAUGCCAUUAUAUCCAAACUACAAACUACUGGUAAUCAAGAGAGGGUUGACGAACCGACGCUUUUAAUUGCUGCUGACACAGCAGAAGCCAUCUUACAAAAGCUCCCUGUCGGCGACUACUUAAAGCAUGCUGAGCCAACUUUACUAAUAACUUGUGACCAAGUGGUGGUCUAUGAAGGUGUGAUUAGGGAAAAGCCAUCCAGCAAGCAAGAAGCUCGGCAAUUCUUGAAAGAUUAUUCUGGAAGGAAAGCAGCAACUGUGGGGUCUGUAUUAGUUACGAAUCUCAAAACAGGAUUAAGAAAAGGAGAAUCAGAUCGUGUGGAGAUCUAUUUCAAUGAAAUGCCUGAUGAAAUCAUUGAGAAGCUGGUUGAUGAGGGAAUUACUCUCAAUGUUGCUGGAGGGCUGAUUAUAGAGCAUCCUUUAAUAUUUCCAUAUGUCAGAGAAGUGGUAGGCACAACUGAUAGUGUGAUGGGGCUUCCCAAAGAUCUGACUGAAAAACUCUUGAAGGAAGUCCUGUAGUUUGAGCUAUUGAUCGACCUUGUGCGACUGCUAAGUAAUGGCUUGAUUUGUGAUCUUUGCUCUCUGCAUCUACAUUUAUCUUAGACUCAAUGCUGUCUCUUCUUGCAACAGAUAUGUUUCUGCUUUGAUAUACUGAGGCAGUUAUGUCUGAAUUUUUUGUUGGCUGUUCUAUUUAAGUUGAUGUAUAAUGUAUUUGUCUUUAUUUUUUAUUGGAGUAUUAAAAUAAGGCUAUACUGUGACUAUUCUUUUUUAUUUUUUGAGAAAUGUAUCGUGACUAUUCAUUGGUUGGAAAUGCUAUUAUUAUACUGAAAUUGAAGAAAGCAUGGAUGAUAUUCUAU